AUGACAAUUAUCAAAUAUGUCAUGACAAUUAUCCAAUUCCAAUUAUAUUCGCAACGAGUUAACUCAUACAAAAAUGGAAUUCAGGAUAUUGUACAUUAUGUAUUUAAUGAUCAAAAAAACAAUAUUACAUCAGCUGAAAAGUUUCGGGACGUAUUUCUUGUGGUUCGUCAUCAGGAUAUGAAAAUCCAUUCUUAUUCAUUCGUUAUUAUGCUCCAGAGACAAAUUCUCCCUACGACAGCUGACGGAUGA